UGUUCAUCUUAGUAUUAUUAAAUCAAACUAAAAACCUCUCUUGUUACUAUUUAUAUAAAAGAAAAGUAUUCUUUUCCCUGUGGAUACGAACCUUAUUUCACUAUACUUCGUCUUAGUAUUGUAUUGUAAUUAUUUUGAAUACACCUCACGAUACACGAUAAAGUGUGUCACCGUGCAUCUCAAGCUAGUUUAUUCUAAAAAUUGAAGAUUAAUUCAAAAAGUUACUCCGUGGUAAAAAAUUGUCAUGUGACAAGUUGGAGGGGUGGGGUAGAAGAAAGUCUCACACUCGAUAAGAUAUUAAGAUGUGAUCCCCGAAACAGCACGUGGAAAUCGCAAAUGGAGGAAUUCUGGAAAGUCAUUACUCUCUCCUGCUCCUCGCCUUUCCCCCCACCCCCAGCGGGGACCGUCGGCCCCAACGGCUUCGAAGAAUUUCUACCUCUCUCCACGGAGUACGGCGGCGGGGCCAGUAAUUGUCCCCCGGCGACUGGCCUGUUUGUGACAAGUAACGCCCCCCGGUUUGUGUCGUCCGAUGCCGUCAACUCUGCAAUUCCUCCUCCCAGUCGGCUUCAUCCCGUCACAAGAAAGCGAGGAGCGGGGAGCGACGCCGACCACCGCUAAGAACAACGCUUGAUUAAGAAUAGAGAGUCUGCUGAACGUUCUCGUGCCAAAAAACAGGUACGUACGUACGCGUACUAGCCCUGCAGCCUUAAUUAGCUUGUUGAGAUGAUUGAGUACAAAAAUAAAUCCUUCUUUUUUCCUAAUUUUAACUGAAUAUUGGAUUGGAUGUAGUUCACCCAUUCUGGAAGUGGUAUGCAACAUUUUUCUAGAAAAAAUUACUAUAAUGUAGUAUUACAUAUUUGUUCUGAAGUCAUAUUCACGGGAACUAUAACUUCCUCGCAGCUGUGGUGAGUUUUGAUCAUUCGUCAUUUAUACAACAAUUGAACUACUCUCUCUACGCAUAUAUGUAUAUAUAGUUUGGGUAGUUUGUAGCUGGAUCCAAUUCAAGCUAGCUUUAAUAUGAAUGAAUGAAUGAAUGAAUGGGGUGGGGUGUACCUGCGUGCGCACGUACAGGCUUACAGAGAGGAGCUGGAGAUAAAGGUAGCGCAUCUGAAGAAAGAGAAUGCGGAGCUCAAAAGACAGGAGAAGCUGAAUGUGGUUGGGGUUGCCGCCGUUGUGCCGCCCCAAAAGAAGAAGCUUUGCAGAAGUUUGACACUUUGACAGCAGCGUCCGGGCCGGCCUGGCCAUAUUUGGGUGCCGGUUUUGUUUUUUGCCACCAUCUUUUUUCGCAAGGUAUAUAUGGCGGGGCGGGGCGGGGCGGGGCGGGUUUGGAAGAAAGCGUACUACGUACUGUAGUCUGUAGGUGUAGGCAGGUCGAUGGAUAACUAUUGAUUGUGAAUUCAACCCAACCCAUUAGGCAGGCAGGUAGGUAGGUGUACUAACUGAUGAGUAUAAGUUGGAAUUAUAUCCGUCCAUUUGAUUUACUGUAUCUCACUUUCUCUGUACCAGCAAUCAUCCAUCAUGCACCCAAAUCUAUGCAAGCUGUGCAUUGGUUUGGUGGGUGCCUCAAUGGGUCACUACUCUCUUUCCUUUACCUCAAAACGUACUCCGCACUCGCCAUUCAAUUAUUACUACCUCCUUUGAAACACCGAGAGGUUGUAAGUCACGGUUGUAGACUUUAUACUCAUGUCCAUCAGAGGUCCAAAUCAAUUCUUCUGUUGCAACCUUCACACGGCUGUUGUGCGAUUCGAUCCUUGAUCAUUCUUCUGACUUUCUCACCACUCAAUCAAUUGACCUACCUGUACGGGUACAUUGGUUAAAUUAUUGAUACAUUAUACCUAGUACUCGCUAUAUCUUUUACAAAUAAAAUUAAACAAAAAAUAUUUGACUAA